UGGCAGCCCUUCCACACGGCCGAUUCCUGCUCCUGCUGCUCCGCCAAGUUCACGUGGCACUGCACGUCGUCGUCCGAGUCGACGACGUACCGCGAGAAGCACAACUGCCGCGAGUGCGGCCUCCUCGUCUGCGACCCCUGCUCCAAGCACCGCCGCGUGCUCCCGGACCUCGGCCUCCUCCUCCCGAGCCGCGUCUGCGACCGCUGCUUC